AUGGCGCCCUUGCAAGAGACUUUGCUCCUGAGCCUCCAGGAAGACGCCGCUAUUGCCGAGUCGAAGGAACUCGUCAGCAUCCGCACAGCCGGUAUUGACGAGUCGAAGGAAAUCGAACCCGGCAACCGUGAGCAAAGUCGGCAGAGCGCAGACAGCUCCUGGUUUGGGCUCGGGUCUUUAUGCACCUGCUCAAGCUGCUCCACCGACCAGGAGGAGACUUUUGCCCCGUCGAAGGACGUCGAACCGAGUUACCACGGGCACAUCCGGGAUGACGCCGCAAGCUGCUGGAUCUCCUUCCCGGGAAAAUACGCGUCAGGCUGGGAAGCUCUGGUCAAGGAGUUUCACCGCGACUCGGUGGCCUGUGUCUUCCUCUGCUCCCCAGAGGACGGCCUGGGGAAGCACGCGGAUGAUCCCGAGAAUCCGGGGAAGUGCUACUGUGCAAGGAUAUAUGGCGAGCGAGACUUCAGAGCGUUCGGCUACCUCUCAGUCCUCAAGGCACCUUACACUGAUGAUAGGAUCAAGAAGUACUGGGAGAAAGCCGCUGCAAUGAACGCGGUCCCAAUCCGUCAAGAUGCAACCGAUGAAGAGAGAGAAGAAGCCACGAAGAAAGCUGAAGAGCAGUGGGAGAAGAUGGGCCGAACAGCCUCCUGGGGAUGUGCCUGGUACAAGCGCUGGUUCGAUCUCGUCUGCACGGCCGUUGAGAAGAAGCAGCGGCUGAAGGCAGUCUUCUUUCCUCGCCAGGUGGGUGAGGGCGUUCCCAGCAUGGAGGAGCUGCCGCAGGUCGACCUUUGGAAUGGGGUUGGAUGUGGCGGCUCGCAGAAAUCCGAGCUUGCAACGGCGAACUUCAUGCGGAAACACUUUCCCGGAUGGGACUAUGAGGAGGUGGAUGUCACAAGAUUUCUGAAGCAUGAGUUUCCACCAGGUGCCCACGUAGAUGCGCUGCAUGGCUCCAGAUGGCGCAAAGGCCUGGUGGUGGACCAGAUGGAGAAAGCCACUACAACACAAUCCGGUGCUCAGUCGACUGAGUUGUACUGGAAGAUCAGGUGUGACGACUCUCGGGAGAUCUUUGAAGCAAAAGAAGUCCACCAUCGCGAUCUGGCAGUUGAGACGCUGUUGGACUCGCACGGUGACUUCCUCCACGGUGCUUUGCGCCAAUGCCUCAUGGACAUAAAGAUAUUACAAACCGAUGCUUCCCGCCUUCGCACCGGCACCCCAGCGCUGAGUGUCCGCAUCGAAAUGAACAGCAUCCACUCACUUCACGGGCUGAGAGAUCGCGUUUUGAGUGGUGCCUUCGAUCAGAGUGUCAACGAAGGCUUGGCUGCCAUGGCUCCAGAGUACAAGAUCAAGUUUGACAAGAGCCGCUUCUUCGAACUCUACGAGGACAGCCUACUGGGGCUGGAGAAGUUGACCUACCAUCAGCAGGUGAAGCUGAAAGAGAUGGAGGGCCUCAACGACGUCCACCUCUCCGCCCCAGCGGGUGCGGGAAAGACGUUCGUCGCGGUGCAGCAUGCCCUUGACCAUCUCAGUUCGCACCCGUCGGCUCGAGUCCUCUAUGUCGCUCCCUCUGAGAGCCUUGGUCUCCACUUCAUCCGGUGGAUUUCUAUGCGACUUGCAUCAAGAACCCGGGCCAGCAACGGCAGCAGCUUCUCGCGUCUCCGGACCUCCUUUUCUUCUGAGGGAUCCGGACGAGAAAGCCCGAGCGAAUGGUUCCGCAGUACUCUCGUCCAAGGGCCAAAUCUAGGAAUGCAUCCGAACGAUCCGGAGCCGACGAAGACGUCGGAGUGCAAGAUCCAGGAGCUGCUCACCAGAAUGACUCUCUUGCACCACCCCUACAAGAACUUCCAGCUGCCCUCCUUGGACGACGAUCGCAUAGUUCUGUCGGACGAACCCGACAUGCAAGAGUGUGACUUGGUGGUCUUCGACGAAUGUCACACAAUCUUUUCUCUUCCACCUGCAGAGAUGAGUCGGACAAUGCUCCCUCGUCUGUCGGCACCGCGCCGGCUGCUUCUUUCAGAUGUGUCGCAGUCCGCUUCGGUGAGCCAGAGGUGGUCCGCAGCACGAAACGCAUUGUUGCAGGUGCAGCCACGUUUCAGCUAA